CCUCCCCGUGACUGUUUAAAGGGAGGCUAAAAACAGGGAGGAGAGUAAAAUAUGAGUGAUUUUUUUUUUUUUUUUUUUUACAUGCUUAAAGGAAGUGGUAAUUUUGGGAUGGAGUAAACGAAAGCAGAUAAGGCCUGGCUGUUCUCACCUCGGUCCUCGUGCGAGAAACUAUGCAUUUGUCGCGUCACAACACCGGCUUCCUGCUCCAACGCGCCACAUGCGCGUGCACACGGGCUGUUUCAGACUAAUUGAGCCUAAUUACGUUGUCUUUUGGCUUUCCAGUAAUGGAGCAAGUGAAAUAAAUAGGAAUCGAUUGCGGUAUCCGAUACUGGAAGAUUAAAAAAGGAGUAAGAGAGAGAGAGAGAGAGAGAGAGAGAGAUUAAAAGACUAAAAUACUAUUCAACCACAAGUCCAUGUUUAGAAACGGAUACAGAGAUUCCCGUUUAAGGGAAUGAAAAGCUUGUUAGUAGCCUAAUUGGAGGGGGAAACCACUUUACCUGAACCACAAGUGGACUCGUGCAGCAGUUAUGAGACGGUGACCGGAAUAAAGAAAGAGCAGUAAAAUGCGUUUUUGGAGGAGCGCUCCGACAUGCCGGGACAAUCCGCAUGGGACGAGUCCUUACGUCUGCAGCACAGGAUAAAAAGCGAGGGAACUCAUGCCGGAUGAAUGUGACACCAACAUCACCGAGAGACGCGACGGAGGAGAAGGAGGAAAAAAGAAGAAAGAGAAGAAGAAAAAGGAAAAGUCACCGGCUUUCUCUCACUUCUCACUCACUACACAACUCACAGGCGCCUGGAGACGCAGCCUGUAAACAGACUGGGCUCUCUGUCUGCCAUGGUGCACUAGAUCUCUAACAGGACAACUACCUGCAGAAGCAGAAAGCAAGCCUACCGACUCCUACAUUACCGUAUUGAUCUGCUUCCACCCCGGGAGGACACUCCACCACCGUGACAGUCGCACUACAGGCCAGAAGUCCGCGCGCCUCAGCAGCGAGAGAGGCACGCUUCAGCUGCGCUUCAGCAUGAGCGUCCUGCGCGCGCCAGUCAUCACUGCGCUCGCGCUGCUGAUCGUGAGCGGCGGUUCCGGCGGACGGAGCGGCUCUGCGUCCGCGCGCUCCACCACCACCACCAGCAGCCUGCUGCAGCUGCUCACGGCCAGCCGGAGAGAAGCGGCCGAGCAUCACGCGCACUCCACCGAGCACCACGCACACUCUCCGCUUCCCAUCAAGACCGACUACUCCAUAGAGUCGAGAGAAGGGAACGAAGUCAACAAAUCCAAUCAGCAUGACCAGACACUGGACGUCUUUCCUAGAGAUGUGCGGCAGAAAGAGAAGUUCCUAAAACAUUUAACAGGGCCUCUCUAUUUCAGCCCAAAAUGCAGCAAACACUUUUACAGAUUAUAUCAUAACACCAGGGACUGCACAAUACCAGCCUAUUAUAGACGAUGUGCACGGCUACUCAGAAGAUUAGCGGAGAGUCAGCGGUGUUCUGAGGGAUAGACGUUGCAGAUUUCAACAAACUUAAGAAAUAAGGAGGACCAAGAAAAAAGUGCCUUGGAAAAGAACAGGGGGAAAAAAACACCUCGGACACAUAUGUCACUAUGAAGCAUAUUUUGUCAUCAUAUUUUUGUCAAACUCCUCCAUAGAGUUCUCCAUACAGUACCAUGGAAGUCUUAUUGACUGACAAAUCAAUGUUGUCACUGAACUUUCUGAUAACUCGAAUGGUGCAAGUGAAGAUGCUGUUUUACAUGAUUUAAAAAAUGCCACUGUCAAAAUCUGUGGACAGUACAGUGUACUGCAAAUACAUUUAUGCAAAUGCUGUUGCUGUUCACUGUGUUUUUCAGUAGUUGUGAUCAGAGUAUCAUUAAUUAAACACAGCUUCUAGUCCAAAACUCUUGUCCACCUCUGCUACACAAAAUCGAAACCUGUCAAAUCAGUGAUUGAAUUAUGAAUUGUAUUUGUAAGACAUUUCUUUUGGCAGAGAUUAGGGAUGAAGGAAUGCUGUGUAUGAAAAAAAAAAGUCAGCAUUCUCCCUGAAUAUGAAUGUCAUAUAUACUCUAUUUAUGUAUUCAAGUUAUUGUCAGUUGCUGGUGUCGAACACACACGCAUCCCAGCUAGAGUGCAAUAUGUACAUAUUGUAAAUAUAAGAAAAUCUAUCUUCAAAUAAACUUGUUUGUUAUAUAA